AUGAGCAUGGAGGACCGCCCUAUUGGUGGACGUUCUUGUGCACUUUGGCCGGAAGAAGAUUCACCACCCCCUUCGAUUAUAUGUGCGAGAUGGUGCACACCGUUGGAAAUGGUCUUGGAGUGUUGGAAAAUUUUAAAAGCAAACAAGAAGGGUCAUCUUAUUGAACUGCUUGCUGUCCUCCUGCAGCACUGGACACACACGUCAUGA